AUGAAAAUGAGAACUGGAUCUGAGAACAUAAAAAUUGAUAGAAAGCUGUUGAAGCCUCAGGUAGAAAGACGAAGAAGAGAGAGGAUGAAUCGGAGUCUGGAAAACCUGAGAUCUCUGCUGCUGCAAGGCUCUGAGCACAAUAGUUCUACUCACCGAAGGAUAGAGAAAGCAGAGAUCCUGGAAUGCACUGUCCUCUUUUUGCAAAACUCUGUCGCCGUGGCCAAGAAACCAAAGGAUGCAGGAGGAGAAAAACUUCCGUUUAUUGACGGCUUCUCAACAUGUCUUCAGAAAGCUGCCCAUUUCCUGUUAGACAAAGGUGAGGUUCGAGGAUUAGAAGGCUCAAUAUCAGCCACGCUGUGUCAACGCCUGAGCCAGCCCUGUGUGCCAGCCAACAUCAGAAUGCCUGUCAGAAUUCAGAACUCCUCCAGAAUUCAGGUUCCACGUUCAACUGUACAGCAUUAUCUGCAGCAACGACAGAAGCAGCAGCAGAAUUCAGUUUGCACACAAGAACUUUCAUCAGCUUGCAGGAACAAUGUGGUUCACCCAAACAGAAUUCCAUUCAGAAGCGCAGAGCCUAAUGCUUUGGAAUGUCAAACACACACAGUAGCUCAGCCAACCUCUCACAGUCAAACUGUCUGGAGACCUUGGCCUUAA